AAACCCUUUUUUGUUGAAAUAGAAAUGGAUAAAGCCUAUGAAAUUCAAAGACAGGCCCGGGAUAAUGUGAAAUCUUUACAAACAUAUCUAACGGACCUCCAGAAUUGGGAAACAGAGAUGAAACGUAAAGAGGCCGCACUUAACGGCGAGUUUGAGCAGGAUCUCCCCCCUGUGAGGAGUAAAGUCCGAAAAGAAAGGCCAGUUGUAUCGAAAAGGAAACUAGAAAAAAGGAUUCCCGCGUCAGACUACAACGCCUGGGAAAAAUUUGAUGUGGAAAAAGCAUGUGAAGAAGUAGACAUGGCAGAUGUGGGCCCAGCGUCCCUUGAUAGCAAGCACAGUGAGAAAGACAAGCAGGAGAAACUAAGAGAGGAAGCUCAGUAUGAGAAAGAGAGGGGUAAUUCAUUUGUAAAACAAGAGAAAUGGUCUGAAGCCAUAGUUUGUUAUUCAAGAGCUAUUGAGCUUGUUAAAGAUGACGCUAUUUAUUAUGCAAAUAGAGGUCUGUGUUAUCUUAAAAAAGACAGCCUCCACCAAGCAGAGAAAGAUUGCACCGAAGCACUCAAACUAGAUCCAACUUAUGUUAAAGCACUGCAGAGACGGGCAACUGCCAGGGAACGUCUAGGCUCUCUGAGAGCCGCCUCUAGUGACCUAAAUGAGGUUUUGAAGCUGGAACCGCACAAUGCGGCCGCGAAAAGGCAACUCGAAGCUAUCAAAACUAGAAUGGGAACUAAAGGGGCAAAAUCUAAAUCAUCGCCGUCCUCAACGCCAACAAUAGAAGUGCAACCGAUAACAAAAACGGCUCAACCGAAAGUGGUAGAACUCGAGACAACGGAACCGACGCCGCUUGAGAAAUGGAGAGAUGGCGUCGGAGAGAACAUUACCGUCAUCAAGCCUGUGAAAAAACCGCCGCAUUUGCGAUCUAAGAGAGCACUUAAACACAUAACAAUACAGGAAAUACCGUUCGGAUGUAACAAACCCAAAUCGGUCACUAAAAUAGACCUAGAUAGCCUAGCUCAAGGAGAUUCCAACAACAAUUCAGACUCUGCGAAGCCUAAUCUAUCGCCUAAAGGAGACGGGGACAAAAUAGACAUACCCGUGGAGAAAAUGAUUGCUCCGGUGAAUAGCGUUCAGUUUAUGAAUGAGUGGAAGUAUUUAAAGAAUUCCCCCGAAGCUAGGAGUCAUUAUUUAAGUAUUAUAGACCCAUCGGCGAUACCGUCGAUAUUCGCGAACGCAUUAGAGAGCGACGUGCUGUCCCAAGUGCUGCACACGCUGCACGAGCACCGGGAGCAGCUCGCGCGCGCCGCCCGCUACCUGCACGCGCUCACGCGUGUGAAGCGCUUCUCGGCACUCGCUAUGUUCCUAUCGGAUGCGGAUAAGGAAGUGGUCAACAAGCUAUUGGUGCACUGCAAGACGAAAGAGGGUCUCCCCGAUGAUGAAAUAGAUGAACUGAAGAAGAAAUUUGAGCUUUAAUUGGUAUCGGAGUAUUCAUAUGAAAUAUCACUAUUAAUUUAAAUAUAGAAUUGAGUAUUUUUUUUGAAGAGUAAUAUAGAGAAUUGAUAGUGAGACUAGCUUUCCGCCCGCAGCUUCGCUCGCGUGAUAAAAACGUCCGAGGUUUCCUACAUGAUUGCCAUUCUCGUGAGAUUUCCGGAAUUAACUGUCCUGUGUCUUUCUCGAGUUUCAAACUAUAUCUGUACCAAAUUUUAUCCAAAUCGGUUCAGUGGUUAAGGCGUGUAAAAAAGACAGACAGGCUAAGUUUCAUUUCGCAUUUUUAUUACUAGUUAGGAUUCUAAGAAACUUUAAAAUUUGCUAGAGUUCUUAUAUUUCUUGAAAGCGCGGGAAGGAAUCAUUUUGUAUGUUAUUACAACAAUGCAUUAUGUUUUGUGUUAAUUCAAUUGCUUAAUGGAUUUUGAUGAAUUACGUCAAACAGAUAGAUGGAAUCUUCCAGAGACUUAUUAAAGUUUAAUUGAGUUAAUUUUGUUGUUGCUGAUUUAAAGACAUCAUAUAAUAUGGCCAGUGAAAUUGUGUCAAUGUUCGUUUUUUGUGUUUGAUUUAUUAAUAGUGAUAUUAAUAUGAAGUUAGAUAAAUUGAAUUUAAAUGCAGUUUUUGUAUCUAGGUUAGAAUAAGAUAUUGGAGUUUCUUUAUAAAACUACCUACUAAAUGUUUUAAUGAGUCGGAAUGAGUUUUAUUUUUAAGCGACUUCAAAAAAGGGGGAGGUUAUUAAUUCGACUGUGUUUUUUUUGUGUUACCUCAUGACUUUGCUGGGUGAAUCGAUUUUAAUGAUGAUUUUUUAUUUGAAAGUGUGGCCCCGUUUAAAUUUGGUCUACUUCUGAAGAUUUGAUUUUAUGACAGUGUCGAGAAAAUUCUAUUUUAUAUGUCAUUUAUUACCGUAACAGUUUGUUUAUUUUAAAGGUCUUUAGACUAUCGAGAUUCUUAUCACACGCUAAAUUUGAAAUUAGCAUCUAUAAAAAUUUUAAUUCAAAAAAGUAUCAAUGUAUUACAUAUUGUGAAAAUACUGUAAGAAAACAUUUUUUUUUUAGUUAAAGACUUCUUUCGGCAGUUUGGAAUUUGGAAAAGAAAAAAAAAAAUGAACAUUCGAAAUUCGAAUUUUUACACAAUUAUUAAUUCAUACAUUUUCGCUAUACUGUAAUGAAUUAUAUUAAUGAUAGUAGAACUACUUCUGAUACUAUUUUUACAGAAAAAAUUGCGCAUUUUUUGUCCGUUUUAAUUGUUAAAAUAUAAUCUGAAGCCUUUGAUUAUAUAUCAAGUAAGUCGUCACCCCAUAGUUGCUGCUUAGAAAAGUUAUCUCCGUCGUAUGAAUAUUAAACGCAAAUAAUCCUAUUCAAACUAAUAUAAAACAUAGCCCGUUUAUUUAUAACAAUAUUAUAAAUUACAGAGUACAGAUAAACGACGAAAAACAAACCAUUUGAAUAGUUCCAAGGUUCCAUAACUCUACAAACACACAAAUAUAACAAUACUAGCUGCGCCCCACGGUUCCACCCGCGUAAGUCCGUAUCCCGUAAGAAUAUCGGGAUAAAAAGUUUCCUAUCUGUUAUUCCAAUGGUCCAGCUAUCUACGUACCAUAUUUCAUUGCAAUCAGUUCAGUAGCUUUUGUGUAAAAGAGUAACAAACGUACACACACCCUUACAAAUUUUCGCAUUUAUAAUAUUAGUUGGAGUUGAGUACUGACUCUGACUUACUGACUUACACUAGAAAUUGGCGCAGACCCUCUGUUAGAUGAAGCCAAAGAGAAAAAAGAUAUCUAAUAAGAUAUCUAAUAAUCAAAGGCUAAUGAUAAUAUAAUCAACAUGACAAUUUUGUAUAACAUUUCAUAGUUAUUAUCUGGUACUGUUUGGUUUAAUUGUACAUCCUAACCUCUUAGCUAGAUAUUUUUCAUACAGUGUUAAAUAUACCGAAAUUUAUUUUAUUUUAAAGCUCAUAUGAAGUUUGAAUUUAUUUGUUGUAAAACACAUAUAAAUGUAUUAAAAUGUAAUAAAUUUGUACGGAUGAAACAAGAAUCAUAUAGCUUUUUAAAAAUUUGGCGAUCACCUAAUAUUCACUUGUGCAUUAUGACUUAUUCACAAGACAUUGUUAACACAGAAUUGUGUGUAUGUUUUUGUUUUAAUUGUACAGUUGACAAAACUCGUGUCGAAUAUUUAAUAUUUCGCGUCAUUAUACAAAUUUGAAUCUUAUGCAAUGGUAUGGUAGAGAUCAAAUUUAUUUUAUCCCACAUUAAGCUCUUACGAUGUUUUGUUAUGUCUAAGAUAUUGAUUGUUAUUGUUUCGUUUAGUGUUUUUAAAUCAUCUUAAAUCUUGUCCGUUAUUUCUUAGAUAAUAUAAGUUACUUUUAAAAAUUACAAGCAUCUGUCCAACUUAUUAACUGUUUUCGAAUGUGUCAAAAUAUUUGAAAUUAAAAAGAAGCAAAAGAUAUUUGUCCAAUAUUUUUAUGUUUAGGUAAAAGUAUGAGAAACCUGAUAUGUUUUGAAGGCGUUUAGUUCUUUUCUCAGCAUGAGAUUUCGGCCUAAAAUUAUAUUCUGUUAUAUAUAAUAUUAUAGUUUAUUCUUACGUUUAGUUAUGAGCAAAAAAUACGUAUUCAAUGUGGAAUGUUAAUCUUCUAAACUAAAAGAUAAAAUUGUAAUAAUGAAAUAUCACUUAAAUAUUUUUAUAGAAAUAUUCACAAAGGCCGUAUUAUAUUAAAAGAUCCAUCAAUCUGUUCUGUCAACUGUAAAUCGAAGUGUUUUAGAAUAUGUCCUCUCAAUGGUGCAAAAUUUGGUUCUUUAAAUAUAAUUUUUAAUAAUAA